AUGCCUCCAAGAAGAGAAGAUCCCGAAAUUGCGAGACUUGUGUCCGAGCAAAUUCUAGCGGCCCUUCCUAAUAUAGUUAGCCAAGUAGCAGCAGGCUUGAAUGCCAACCAAGCAAACAACCAAGGUACAACAGCAAAUAGAGACUGCACAUAUAAAGGCUUUAGGGCUUGCAACCUAAAAGAAUUUCAUGGGACCAAAGGAGCCGUGGGAUUACUUGCUUGGAAUGAAGGAAUGGAGUCCGUCCUUCAUAUCAGUAAAUGUGUUGAAGGAAGAAAAGUGGAGUUUGCAGCUUGUUUACUACAAGGACGAGCAUUGACGUGGUGGAAUACCCAGAUACAAACCCGAGGUCGGGAAACAAUCAACAGACUUACAUGGGAAGAAUUGAAGAAAUUACUCAAGGAAGAGUACUGUUUGAGGAGCGAGAUCCAUAAGUUAGAAGUAGAACUGUGGAAUCACGAAAUGAAGGGAAGUGAUGUAGACUCAUACACUGCUCGCUUUCAUGAGUUGGCAAAACUGGUGCCACACUUGGUAUCACCCGAAGAGAACCGAAUUGACCGUUAUGUCUGGGGUUUAGCUCCAGAAAUCCGAGGGAAUGUGACUUCGGCCAAUCCAAAAACACUUCAGGACGCUGUGAACUUAGCGACAAAACUCACCAACAAUGCUAUUCGGUCAGGAUCAUUUGCAAAUGAUAAAGUCAAGGGUAAGAGAAGAAUGGAGGAGCCCGCGAGAUAG